AUGGUGGUUCUAGUUGAUCUGGAGGACGAUGAACCGACCUCAUUAGAGACCCCCCACCCGUCUUCUGGCCGGUUUAACGUUAGGCCGUUGUAUCACUCUCUUGAUGCGCCAGCAGAAGGGGACGUGAUGGCAGGAGCCGAGAGGCCGAAUCCGAAUAUCAAUGGAUUCAGCGCCGCACUAAGCUGCUACCCAAUAGUUAGCCAACUCGCCGCUCAGCUCGACCUCAAUACGCUGCAUGAUCUCUCACGGACUUGCAGGCAGUUCCGUGCCAAUCUACUCGAGUAUCGCAGCCAGCUGGUCAAACAUACACUUCAUUGCGAGAAUGAAGAUGUCGAACUCAGUGAGAAGGUCGGAUCGGGACAGCAAGAGGGACGACACAGUACGGUCUUGGAAAGCAGAUUGACUACUGGCCGCGUUGGGAAAUGUGCACGCGAUAUGGUUGGUGACUGUCAACGGUGUGGAGAUAUUGUGUGCCGGAACUGCACAAUGAAACCACCACCCACGCCCGCGCUACGAGCCCGUCAUCGCCGACUAUGCCGAACAUGCGCCAAAGCGCCCCUCCCGCUGCUGAUGGCUAUACCUAAGCAGCGCUCGUCGUCUAUGUCGUCGUCGUCGCCACCUGGGUCCCCCGACACACACCCUAGACUCUUUGAAGGCGAUAAGCCGAGAGCUUUUACUGCGCCAGCCUUUGAGCGCACGCCUUGCAAUUGCGACAAUGUAGUCUGGCUUUGUGCGCCAUGUGGCAAAGAUCUGCGAAAUGCAGACACCAACUAUGUCCGUGGUUGGAGUUACCGUACCACGUACAGUCGCAUGCUAGGCGGCUUAGGCGUCGGGUUUGGCGAGGGCAUCGAGGGUGUAGAGUGCGGGCGAAACAGUGCAUGUCUGGGCGCACGCAUUGUCGAGCACGAGACCUGCGAGCAAGACCUCCUGGAUACUAUCGAGAGAUCGCAGACUCCAGAGUCACCCGAACGUUGGAGGGGUUCUUGCUACCUCACCCAGGAAAUCGAAGGCAUUGGCGGGGUGCUGAAGGUCAAACACAAGAAACAGGUGCGCGUUGGCGAAUGCGUCAAGCUAUACGAAGACGAGAAGACCAAGUCGAUUCAAUAUCUGGAGCGCGAGGUCAAAGGCGAUCUGAGAAGCUGGUGCUCCUGGUGUGAGCGCGUCGUUCUUAGUAAAAAGGAUAAGGCUGCGACUGUUGGUGACCGGCCCACGUCGAGUAGCUCAAGCUCAUCUUCGUCCAACAAGCCGAAACCAUCGUAUAGUUACUGA